AUGUCUCAAUACAAUUUUGGAGGCGUGACAUUCCCAGGAGGACAUACUGCAAGUGAACCUUCUAACCCAUGGAGGAGUAACGCCCCCUUGACACCAUCUGAAGCAGGACCAGCUGCCCCUGCAGAAGAACCCCACAACAGCAGCACACCCAAGGCGUCGGGAGUAGUCAGAAACCCAUCACCUACCACCCUGCCAGCAUUCUCCACACCUCAGACUUGGGAAUGGCAGGGAGUCCCUUACGCAACCAUCGAGGAAGCCGCCAAUGCCACUGCACCAAACACCAUCCCAAAUGAUGUUAAGGAAUGGGUAAUGAAUGUGAUGGAUGAGCGACACGAGCGCACGGUGGCCGCGUUGGAAGAUGAAGUACUGGCUCGCAUCCACGUCAAAAUAAUGGCAGUGGAAACGCGAGAUCAGCUAAGGACUGCAAGAGCCCAGAUCAGCACCCUCUCCACCGACAACGAACAGCUCAUCAAGUCAAAUAACAGUCUGAUGCUCGAAGCCCAAGCAAUCCACAAGGACUUCGAAGAUUACAAAGAUGAAGUAAAGUGUCAGAUGGACACCCUUUAUGGCAACAUGGUUGCCCUGAAGAAGGCUCAGGAAAAGACCACUACCUACAUUGCCAGUCAAUCACCUCACCGAAUUAAGCUCCCCGACCCUGUCAAGUAUUUGGGAAGGAAGUCGUCGGAAACUUGGUUCAUGAACCUGCUCAUCUGGCUCGAUUAUAACCAUUUUACGGAUGACAAGGAUAAAAUUUGGCAGGCCAAUGCACAUCUAGAAGGCGGAGCAGCUCUAUACAUGAAAGAGUAUGCAAUCAAGCUCGCCUCCAGACAAGAUGUUGGCACAUGGGCAGAAUACACCAGGAAACUGGAGAUGGCAUACAAGACGCUUGACCCCAAGCGCAUAGCACAAUCAUUGCUAGACGCACACUGCACAAUCCGCCACAAGACGAUGAUUGCCUUCGCGGAGAAUUUCAGGGUCUACGCUCCCGAAUCAGGAUACUCCGAUGAAGAUUUAAUUGUCAAAAUCAGGGAGCAGCGGUCAGCCCACAUUCAGAUGGUUAUGUCAGUCACGGAGACUUUAGAUCCCUCCAAGAUCCCAACCACUUGGAUGGACUACCUUGAAUUCUGCCUAGAGAUUGAAAUCAAACAUCUCCAGCAGAUCUCGGGCAACAAGUCUACCGGACAAACCACGGCAACCAAGGCGGCCGCCCCUAAGGACCCUAACGCAAUGGACACCAGCACACGAAUCACCCACGAACUUUCCCCGAAACAGGACAGAUGGCUGGCAAACAAAUUAUGCAAAGGAAAGGGCAAGGCAACAAACGUGCGACAGGUGGAAGAAGAAAGUAGCGCGGACUCAUCAGCUCAAAUUGCAGCAUUGGAACAAGCAAUUGCUGCACUUCGUGGUAUGAGCACAACGUCGACCACGCCACCAUCCAGCAAGGGGAAGCCAAAGGCAAAGGCGCACAGCGUGGACACAGAAUCAACGAUAUCGGCAUCAACAGUCAAGGACACCAAUGCGAGAAUCGUCGAGAUAGACGAUUUUUCAGAGGAUUUUCAGUAUGAAGUGUAG